UUUGUGACCAUUCGUCGUGAAAAUGUGAAUGUAUUUCAUAUGAAUGUAUAAAUGAUAUUUAAAAAAGAUGGUUUUACUGAUUUUGAUAUUUUUCUUGUCCAUUUAUAUGGCUAAAGCACAAAUUGGAGUAACAUCCUGUGUGGAUUAUAUGGAGUGCGCGACCUUGCCCAAUUCGGUGUGCGACACAAUCGUAACUCAGACAUGCGUGUGCGUCACCUCCCAGGGAUUCAAGUCGAAUGCUAAUAAUGACGGAUGCGACUACGAUUGCGGGGCGCUGAGCAGACCGAACAAUGGUGUCGUAACGUACACGUCCACGAAACAGGACUCCAUUGCUACCUACAGUUGUCACGUUGGAUUCCAAAUAGAUGGUGUGAAAGCGAGAACUUGUUCUGCAGUGACGCCCAAAGGAUGGUCUGAUGCAGCACCCUCUUGUAUUGCAGGUAAACUCGGGGACAUGUGUAACGUCGUCACAGACUUGUGUGAUAACAUCCUCAACGGUGAAUGUAGCUCUCUAAAUACCUGUAUCUGUCUGGUUGGGUAUAAAACUGUCAGUUUAUUUGCAUGCCAAGAAAUCAAUGAGUGUGCUCCGAACCCUUGUAUAAACGGGGGCACGUGUAAUGACCUUGUCAACGAGUUCACGUGCACGUGCGCUACUGGUUUCAAGGGAAUCACGUGUCAAACAAACCCGGAUGAUUGUAAUCCCAAGCCCUGUCAAAAUGGCGGGGAGUGUACAGACGAUCUGGCAACAUACACUUGCGCAUGCACAGCCGGAUAUGAGGGGACAAACUACAUAGAUGAAUGCGCAAGUGCGCCUUGUGUAAACGGUGCAAGUUGCAGUGAUGGUAUUAACUCCUACACAUGCAAUUGUGUUCCUGGAUACACCGGCCUGAAUUGUCAGAUAGACAUUGAUGACUGUGUUUCACAACCAUGUUUGAACGAGGGCACAUGUUUGGAGGGCCUGGCAAAGUUUACGUGUGUUUGUGUGCAGGGCUACUCAGGUUCUUUGUGUCAGGACGGGGAAGGAUUCGGGUACAAAGCUGUCCAGACGAGCACUAUUAUUACGGCCAUAUCGAGCCUUGUGACGGUUAUGUUACUGACAAUUGGUGGCAUCGCCCUUGCGUGUACCAGAAAAAGGAGGAAAGUAGUCCAGUCCCAUAAAGAACAAGUAAUUAUGAUGUCAUCGGCCCGGAACAGCAGCGUGUAUAUCCUCGCUACCAGUCUGCAUAUGCUAUUGCUAUGGAAACCGGAUACCGGAAAUGCCAGCUGGACGUUUUUUCCGGUAUGGCACUCUGUGCGUAUGGUGCUCAGGAUCUAG